AUGCGGGCACCUUGCCAUCCUCUGGACGCCAGGAGGGUCGCAAGCACAAACCCUGCGAGCACGACCACGCCCCCUACCCGUGAUAUAAGUCCUUUGGAGGGCAUUGGAACGGAGUUCGCGGAAGUUGCCGCUCUCACUUGCCCUUUUACGCUUAAUCUGUGUAUACCGGAAGACGAUGGGACGGAGCCUACACGCUUGACGCUCCCAGACGCUCGGUUGGCGCUGGAGCUCUCCCCGAGGGAGGACGCCGCUGCGGAGAUCUCGCGUGAUCCACAGCUGAAGCUCGGCCUGUCGCCAUCGGAGGGGCAGGCUCAGCUGGUCAGUAUUGGGGCCGUCUCGGCGUCCGUCCGGCCCAAGCGGAGAAGCCCGGCACCGGCUGGGGCCACGCCGAGCGAGCCGACUUCACUGAGCGAGCUCGGUCGCCUGGACGUGAACGUCAGCUCGUCGCUGGUGCGACGGCCUCGGUUCCUCGUGCGGCCCGCGCUGAACACCUGCCAACUCAAGUACGCGCUGGACGAGACCGCUUACCGGGCAGAGACGACGCGGCUGGCGCCGCCGGACGGGGGCUGGGGCUGGGUCGUCCUGGCCGGCAGCAUGACCAUCAACAUCCUCAUUCCGGGAUUCAUCAAAUCCUUCGGCGUGCUCUUCGAUGACGUGUGCGCGCAGUUUGACGUCACGCCAGCGACCGCGGCGUGGAUCCCCGCCCUUUCCUUCUUCAUGUACAACUUUAUGGGUCUGGUGGGAGGCGCUCUCUGUCAGAAGUACUCGUGCCGCGUGACCAGCACGCUCGGCGGCCUGCUGGCAUCGGCCGGCCUCCUGGUCAGCUACUGUGCCGACCACAUCUACUAUCUUUACCUGGGGAUGGGUCUGAUGGGCGGCGGCGGCGGCUGUUUCGCCUACUCGUCCGGUGUCUUGGUGGUGGGCAGCUACUUCGAGCGUCGCCGCGGCCUGGCCAACGGACUAUGCGUCUCGGGCAGUGCUCUGGGCGCGAUGAUCUUCCCGCCGGCGCUGGAUCUUCUAUUGGAGCACUCUGGCUUCAGUGACGCCAUGCUGUUGCUGUGCGCCGUACUGCUGCAUGUGGUGCCCUGCGCCGCCCUCUACCAGCCUGUGGAGUGGCACAUGGUGCGCGUGUCGGCGGUGGCCGACGAGGCCUCCCGCGGCUCGGUGCACUCGCUCUGCUACCUGAGCACGGUGCUGCAUGGCAGCUCGCUGGCCGUCUCGCAGAAGGAGGGCUCGCACCAGAUCAUCGAGGCGGCCAUCCGACGGCCGGCCCAGCCACGCCGCCCGCUCAUCGAGCUGACGCUGCUCUGCAACCCCGUCUUCCUGCUGAUCAUCACCUCCAGCGCCCUGUUCCAGAACUAG